AUGAGGAAGGAUUUGCCUGGCAAAGGCAGGAAAGAGGUAUUCCAGCCAAAGGAACACGAGGUGUUUCUUGUGCUGCUUCUGCUAGAAGGUCUGAAGUUCUGCAAGCUGGUGUGUCUACAUGACAAGACACAAUGUUUGAGCUUUCUCAGGCCCCCUUUCUCCCAACUUCCCCCAAAUUUCCGCUCUUCCUCCCUCACCCUCCCUGGCUCCCAGGAUCCUCCACCCCUCCGAAUCCAAACCUGCCAUAUCGGAGAUCCUGUACCAGAGGGAGCUUGGGGUCCUGAGGGAGGCAGGGUGAGAGGGGGAUCCCAAGCCCUGGCGGCAGGGAGAGAGGCUGCUUAGCGGCUCCAGGGUGUCCUAGCAGCCCCUCCAAGGCAAGGACCCCUGCUUCUGCGUCGAGACCCUGCACAGUACUGCCAUGCUGCCUGGGGAGACCCAGACACCCCAAACUACCACAGGUGCAGCCUCUUGAAACCAGGAUACCAAGGACAGAGUUGCUUGGGGGCCAAGAUGCGACAUUUCACUCACUGUCACAUCCCUGAUGCCCAUCUCCGUGGUUAUGCCUUGUGGCCAGAGCAGGAACCCUCACAGCUGAUCCAGCCAGGUGGGUCUGGUGUCCAAAACACUGAUUUUCUCCUGUAUGUGUGGGUUGCCCACACUUCCAAGUGCCACCAAGAGCCCUCUAUCGUAGCCUACGCUGCCUGCUGCCAGCUGGACUCAGAAGACAGGCCCCUUGCUGGUACGAUUGUCUUCUGUGCCCAUCUCACCAGCCCCAGCCUCAGCUACAGUGACAUGGUCAUGGCCACACUCCACGAACUGCUCCAUGCCCUGGGUUUCUCUGGACAGCUCUUCGAGAAGUGGAGGGAUUGCCCUUCAGGACCCAGCGUCAGCGAGAACUGUUCUACAAGUCAACAAGUGACAAGGCGAGAUGAGUGGGGACAGCUGCUUCUCACCAGCCUGGCCAAACACUUGGGACUGCUAGGGGUUUCACUGGGCGCUCCCUUGGAAGAAGAGGGCCCUUUGUCUUCACACUGGGAGGCCUGACUACUCCAGAACUGUAUAAUGACUGCUACCUACGAUGGUGCCCAGCGCACUCGGCUUGACCCGAUCACUCUUGCUGCCUUCAAAGACUCAGGCUGGUACCAGGUCAACCACAGCACUGCAGAGGAGCUGUCAGGGUCUGGCCUGGAAUUUGGCCUGGUGACCACCUGUGGGAAUGGCACCUCAGACUUCUUCUGUACUGGCAGCGGACUGGGCUGGCACUACCUGCACCUGGACAAGGGAAGCUGCUCCUCAGACCUCACGCUGGAAGGCUGAUGCAGGUAUAAGCUCUUGGCCAAUGGGAGUGAAUGCUGGAGGAAGGAAAAUGGAUUCCCACCUGGGGCGGAAAAUCCCCAUGGGGAGAUCUACCAUCCCCAUAGUUGUUGCUUCCUUGCCAACCUCACUUCACAGCUGCUUCCUGGGGACAAGAUCAGGCAUCCCUCUCAGAUCCCACACCUCAAGGAAGCAACCCCUGGCCACUGCUACUUACCUCAGUGCACAGAGAGGGGAGUGUACAAGGUGCAGGUGGAGGGAUCACCCUGGGUCCCAUGCCUUCCAGGAAAGGCUGUUCAGAUACCUGGGAACAAUGGCCAUCUCUUCUGUCCCCGGGGUUGGCUGUGUUAGACAAAUGAAGGUACCGAUGCUAUCAAUAUUACUUGCCUACCUGUAAGUCUUUCACCUGACCUAUUAUUUCAGCUGUCUUUAGGAUUAGCUGGCCCCCCCCCCCCAGGCCACUCCCUGGGGAAGGAAGAGGGCGAAGAGCUAACUGAAGCAGUUCUACAAGGCUCUGGUGAGCACUGGCGGGUAAAUCGGUGCUAUUUCCACAGUCUCUUGAUUACCACCAGUCUGGUCUUCACUGUGCAUAUGUGGAAAUCCCCUGGCUGCCAAGGGCCUUCAGUUGGUAUGCUGCACAGGGCCCUGACCCUGACCCUCCGGAAGAAACCUCUAGAAGUAUAUUAUGGAGGAGCCACCUUUACCAUAGAAUACAGCAAGUUUCUAGUUACCUCAGACCAUAAUCCUUCCAUGACCCACCUCGGUCUGUCCAUGGGACUCUGCCUAAUGUCGCUUAUCCUGGUGGUUGCACUGGGAACCAUGGCUUAUCAGAAACGAGCUACUCUUCAGGUGGGACCUUCUGCCCCUUACCAUUCACUAGAGCCCCAAGGCGCAACAGGGGGCCCAGUUGGAGGAAUGAGGGAGGAGUGA